CUGCUCCUGCCAUCUCCAUCCAGCAUAGCAUCCCCAUUGACUUCAUUUUGGCUGCCCCCAAAAGCAACGCCACACCGCUUCCGUGCUGCCGCGCUGUGCUGCCGGCAGAACUCCAGCAAGUCGUCGCAGGUUGCUUCUUAGCGCGUGCAAGCGAAUUGCUCCGCUGCCUCACAUCGCCGCACUGGUUGGAGCGCAGCCCUCGUCGCGCGCCAAACACGCUCCGUUGCGCUGCCAGUCGCGUCCAAUUUGGCCUCUACAUGCCAGGCAGCAUCUGUCCUGGGACAAUUGACAGCCCAUACCUUACCGCCUCUUCAACGACACGCUUGGCAAUCGUCAGCGCAAUCUCAGGCGAAGGCACCCGCAUCGACCGUGCCCAGUAGGCCCGACGCUUCCAUUUUGGCUCCCUAGACGCGACUUCACGCGUCAUAGCGUCUGGAGAGACUAUACAAGGCUUUCGCAGCCCUUGUAGCUUGGUCUCGCCAUGGCUGCAGCGCGUCGACACCCUUCCAUGCAGAUUUUUCAGGACCCUGUGCAGCCUCACCACCACCUCGACGACGCCGAUCCAGCCCACGCUUCCGACGCACGCUACCUCGACCCUGUCGCUUCCGUCACCGACGUGUCCAACCACGCCAACACGCUCCUCGCUCCCCCCGUUGCCCACACCGCCAAACCAUCGCCCCGCAAGACCCGCCAAGUCUCGAGUUCCCCUCCACCCAGCGCUCUCGUCGAAAAGCGCCUCGACUCCCUCACCCUCCCCCCGCCCCAAGAGCAGCGCUUCCGGACAGACGCGCCUGCAAAGAAGGACCUGCCCGCCCUCUCGCAGCACGCGCACCAAAUGGCGGGCCAUCUCCAGUACUGGCCCGGCCAUGGCUCGCACAUGGACAAGGAAAACGCCUACUAUGCCGGCCCCCUCAUGUCGUCUUCCAUGUCGGCAGCAGAGCCACCAGCCAAGCACGCGUCAAAGACGCCCAUGAUGGGUGCCGGCACCGCCGGCCCACUGCGAGACCGGACCAACUUCAACUCAACCACCACCCCGACCACCACCACCAAGAAGCAAAAACCCGUCAAGGAUGCCAAAGCCGACGAGGCCGACGGACCGCUACCCGAGCCCGAUCAGAUGCCCAGCGUCGAAGACGACGGAAACAAGCCCUCGUACAGCUACGCCAUGCUCAUUGGCAUGGCCAUUCUCCGUGCACCCAACCGCCGGCUAACACUGGCCCAAAUCUACAAAUGGAUCUCGGACACAUUUGCCUUUUACCGCAACUCGCAAGAAACGGGAUGGCAGAACAGCAUCCGCCACAAUCUCAGCCUCAGCAAGUCGUUCUCUAAGCAAGAGCGACCCAAGGACGACCCAGGAAAGGGCCACUACUGGGUCAUCAACGCCGGAUUCGAGAAGCAGUACCACAAGAUCAAGCCCAUCCGCCGACCGGCCCAGCCAGAGUCGUUUGCCCCCGUCUACACCAGCGAUCUUCCCCGUCCUUCUCCCUCUGCAACAGCCAGCUUUCCUGCUUUGAGCUCGACCAAGGGCUUCGACUCGAGCAAAUACCCGGAAGAAACCGACCUGCCUUCUUCAGAAGCCACUAUCCCCUGCUCGGAUCCUGCUGCACACGACGGACAGGAUCCUCUAAGCAUGCCACCGCCCCGCCAAAUACCUUCUUCGCCCCCACCCGCCGACAUUCACUCGUCACCGCCUCCCCCCGUCUCACGGUCUCGCUCAGUUCGCGACGACACACCGCCACGUGCUCCGCGCUUCCCUUCGCAUAGCCGUUCGGGCGGACGCAAGCGCAAAUUCCAUGGCCUUGGCGACAGCGGCUACUACUCAUCCAUUGAAUCCUCAGCAAUCAAGGGCAGCUUGGCAGGUCCAUUGCUCAUGUCCGAAGCAGAUCACGAUCGGCCCAACCUGAAACGUGGGCGCGCUGAAGAAGAGAUUGCCCGUAUCCGCGGCUCGUCUUAUGAUUCUCCCACUAAAACUCGGACCCACAUGAAGCACGCUGGCAGUACCCACCUGAUCUCGUCACCGCUUCGCCAGGCAGAUAAGGUUCGCGACCCUCUAACCCCUGCUAUUGUGUUCAAGCGCCCAGCACUACCGCCUGCGUCGGCUUCGCCCAACACCAACCUGCGCAACCACCGCAACAAGAUGCGCGAGCUUGUUGGCGGCUCGCCAGACAAGAGCCUGGCCAUGUGGGUUGACACUUCGUUCCUCGACAACAAAAGCUGGAGUCCAGCCGUCAACAUUCCCAAUGAGGAGCAGGUCAACCUGGUCGGCCAUGGCUUCGAGAGCACCUUUGACAUUUUCGGUGACUUUGGCUACAAUGAAAGCCCUAUUAAGCGCUCUGCCAAACGUUCGCGCCUCGAGCGCGCCGUCACGACCAGCGGUGUUCUCGCCGACAUUACUGGUUCCAAGACUAACUCACCCACACCCAACUGGAAGAUGUCGUCGUCUUUCCUCAACAUUCCUGACCUGUCUCCUGUCAAGAGCCUGUCGCCCAUCAAGGCCCCCGUGCUGAAGCCUCCCAUGGGGUCUUCGACUGCCGAAUCUGCCCACGCGAGCACAUGCAAGGACAAGGGCCGCAGUGGGCUGACCCCCCCUCAGUCGUUCAAUGGACCUGCAAAGUCCGAGCCUCAACAGCAAGAUGACGAAGACAUUUUCCAUCUCCUGCACAGUGAUGAAUCUGAGCCUGGUAUUGAUCUGCUCCAAGGCUUCGAGAAGAUUGGAGCCAGGCAACUGGCUGUCGCCCCCAACGGAUCUCCGCAAAAGAAGGCGCCGCGCCCUAGCUUGACGCGGAGCUCGACGACGCGCUUCUGAGCGAGUCGAUGCAGCCGUUGUGAUUGGCCUUUUCUGACAUACACCUUACCUUAACUUUGUUCCGCCACGUCUGGAUCUCAACCCCAGGAUUUGGAUACCUCUUUCUUCGCCAUUCUCGAUACCCCUCAUCUUGCGACUACAACUUUUUAGCUCUUAUCUCGCGACCUUUUCUAUUGCAGUCGCUCAGAUCAUCACUUUGGC